AUGUCCUCAUUCUCUUGUAUUUCUGAAGCAAAAGAGCGGGGGGUGGGGCGGUGGGUGGAGGAGCCAGUAGGUCUGAUAAGUUCAAAUUCUAAAGGGGAAACAGCACCCCUAAUGCUAGCGCCACUGCUGAUGCGGCUGCCAGGCGGGGGAAAAGUGUUGUGUACGUGCAGAUUGCUGAUGCUUCUCCCAUAAUGUUUUGUAGGAAGUUUCCAUGCUUCUUCGGUUUAGUGCGUAGAAAGAGACCUGGAAACAAACAACGCAGAAUGAUGAUGAUGGUCUAGGUUUCUUUAAUGAGAUAUUUGGAGAAUUUUCAGACCAGGUUUCCCAGUGCGUUGGAAGGAUUGAGUGUCAGAGUCCUUGAGCCAUCCAAAGGUUCUCCUAAGAGAGAAAUUCUCUUAAGGUUGAAAUCUGAGGGUUUAGGGGUGGAUUCUGGCAGAUCCUAAGGUCUGGGAUCUCUGGAAAGCCCUGAAAUUUAUGCAUUUCACCAUGAUGAAGACAUCUAGGCAAAGAGUUGAUUCCAGAAGGAACUGUGAAGAGCCACAACAAUGUGCCAGUGAAUAAUGAGUAGUACCUACUGUGGCAACUCUUCAGCUAAGAUGAGUGUCAACGAAGUAUCAGCUUUCUCAUUGACUCUGGAGCAAAAAACUGGCUUUGCUUUUGUUGGGAUUUUGUGUAUCUUCUUGGGACUUCUUAUUAUCCGAUGCUUCAAAAUCCUGCUAGACCCAUAUAGUAGCAUGCCUUCCUCUACAUGGGAAGAUGAAGUUGAAGAGUUUGAUAAAGGGACAUUUGAAUAUGCACUGGCGUGAGAGUUCCAACUAUAUGGUUUUUAUGGUUGUGCCAUCAGGACACAUUCUGGAUACAAUUGUAAUUACCUUGAGUGUGUGGGAGAGAGGCUCAUUUUGUUCAGUGAAUUCAAUAAACAUCUGUGACUAAUUUCUUCACCA